AUGUCCCUCUGCGCACUCUGCAAAACCAUCCCCGCCAACCUCUUCAGCUCCGGCCGAAAGGAGCAAUGCAGCCUCGCCCACCACGAGAACGUCACCGCGUUGCAGGCCUCAGCCGCAGCAGGCUGCCCCAUGUGCGCCGUGAUGUUGGGGGCGAUGCAGCGCCGCGCCGACCAGGACGGCCAGCCGCGCAGCACGUUCGGCAAGCCCGUGGACCCGUCCAAGCAGGUGCAGCUGCGGAGCACGAAGUUCGGCAUGCAAUGGGUCUGCGUCGACUGGGCGGACGUCGGGAGUCUGCGGGGGAUCCAAGUUCCGGAGGGCUGGAAUGACGGGCUCGUUGCUGCGCCUGAGUUGUCGGAGUCGUCGAACCUAUCGCGGGAGGCUGGGACGUUGAGGUGGUGGUUGAAGACGUGCUGGGAAGGCCAUGAGGAGUGUAAGAAGGACUUUGAUUCUUCGUACGUGCCCUCACGGCUGGUCGAUGUCCAGGGUUCGGAAACAGGGACGGUCCGGCUGGUAUUGACGAAGGGGGCAGCAAUGGAAGACAAGCGAUAUGUCGCUGCGAGCCAUUGCUGGGGGUUGAGCAUGCCUGCUUCGGCCAAGACGGUGGCAGCGAACCUCGACCAGCACACCGCGUCAAUACGCAUAGAAGAUCUGUCAAAGACGUUUGCUGACAUGAUAGAGAUUACACGAAAUAUCGGCAUGCGGUAUGUCUGGAUCGACUCUCUUUGCAUCAUCCAGGACUCCCGCGCAGAUUGGGAAGCCGAAGCGUCCCAGAUGGCAGCCGUCUACUCCAACGCGUAUGUGACCGUAUCUGCAUCAGGAUCUUCCGAUGGCACGGGCGGCUGUCGUUUGGGAAAUUCAAAAGACGUCCAUGUAGGACCAGCUGAUCUGACAUGGGAAGAGACGAGCGAGGACCAAAAUCGGGUCACAUCAAGCGCCAAAACCAUCCGCGUCUUCGGCCAGCCUGACAUCCAGACUGUCAAUGUACUGAUGCAGGACCCCCUCAUAAAGCGUGGUUGGACUUUACAGGAGCGAGAACUAUCUCCCCGAGUAGCCCACUACUCCAAGGACUCGAUUCGGUGGGAGUGCGCAACGCUGAAGGCGACGCUUGAGUUUCCCUGGGAAGACUCGCUGCCGUUCAACAUGGCACUCCGUGCAUUCGACAUGGGCCAGAUCCAGCCGCAAGAUGAGAAUAGCACAUAUUAUAACGAUGAGAAUGUUCAAAAGAAUGCCCUUGUGUGGUAUGAGGUGGUAGAAAGGUACAGCAAACGAUCACUGACGAAGCAAUCCGAUGUUCUGCCCGCCAUCUCUGGCAUUGCCCGGUAUUUUGCUAAGCAGACAGGUGAUGCGUAUUACGCCGGACUCUUUGCAUCGCAUGGGCCGAUGGCUCUCACAUGGAAAGUACAGGGCGAGUGGAAGAAGGAGGCGGGGAAGAGCGAGCGCCCUAAGGAUUACCUGGCCCCGUCGUGGUCGUGGGCAUCGGUGAAGGGGACUGUAGACUGGUUCAACAAGAGGGACGGUUCACGGCCUAUUGACAGCGUCUUUACGCCAAAGAUCCUCGAGAUGAGCACUGAGCCAGCAGGCAACGACCCUUUCGGCAUGCUCGCUGGAGGCCGGCUGCGGAUUAGAGGGUUAUUCAUACCGGCUGCAGCAAUGUGGAGAGAAGGGGACAAUCUACAAGCAGAUGAGCGGUCAAUCAUGGUCACUGGGCCUGAUGGACUACGGAAGGUUGGUAAUGUUACAUUCGACGUACCUUCAGAGGCUUGUCAGGUCGUGUUUUGCUUUGCAUGCCGCCGAGAGGAAGAGUAUGGGUGGAUUGAUGCUCUUGCUUUGGUGCCUUCGGGGGAGCUUGAUGCCAGCACGCAGUUCAAGAGGGUUGGGCUGAUUAGGUCGAAAGACAAGUCGUGGUGGGAGAAGGCGCAUAGGAUUGAGAUAACUAUCAUAUAA